AUGGGAUUCUUAAGAAACAGUUGUUUAUCUGUCAUUUUGCCCAUCUUUGUUUCAGCUGUGAUUCAAGCAAAAGCGGAAUCGGUGUUUUGCAGCAACCCCAGAAGCCGAUGCUAUGGAAGGUUAAUAGAAUGCCCUUACGAGUGUCCCAACAGUGGCUCUGCCAACAGCAAAUCUCAAACUUGCCAUGUUGACUGUGAUUCACCCCGCUGCAAGUCCUCCUGCAAACAGGUCUUAAUAGUCAUUUUGCUUAUCUUUAUUUCAGAUGUGAAUCAACCAAAAGCAGAGCCGGUGUAUUGCACCAAUCCCAAAAGCAGAUGCUACGGAAGAUUAAUAGAAUGCCCCAAGGAAUGUCCUAGCACUACAUAUGCAAAUAGUCAAGCUAAAGUUUGCUACGUUAACUGUGAUUCACCCGUCUGCAAGUCCUCCUGCAGAUAUCGUAAACCAGACUGCAACGGACCUGGAUCAGCGUGCUAUGAUCCUCGUUUCGUAGGUGGUGAUGGCAUUGUGUUUUACUUCCAUGGAAAGAGCAAUGAGCAUUUCAGCUUGGUCUCUGACGCCAGUCUCCAAAUCAAUGGCCGCUUCAUCGGCCAUCGGCCCGCCGGUCGAACUAGGGAAUUCACUUGGAUUCAAGCACUCGGAAUCUUAUUCAACUCCCACUCCUUCUCUCUUGAGGCCAUUAAAUCCGCAACAUGGAAUAAUGAAGUGGACCAUCUAAAGUUCAGCUAUAAUGGGGAGGAUUUAGUUGUCUCUGAUGGAGCUCUAUCCAGCUGGUACUCCCUGGACAAAGAAGUGAAAGUGGAGAGAGUUGCAGAUAAGAAUAGUGUGAUUGUAACAUUGAAAGAUAGUGCAGAGAUUAUGGUGAAUGUGGUUCCAGCGACCAAAGAAGAUGAUAGAGUCCACAACUACAAAGUACCAUCUGAUGAUUGCUUUGCUCACUUGGAAGUUCAGUUUAGGUUCUUUGCCCUUUCACCGAAAGUUGAUGGUGUGCUCGGCAGGACUUACCGAACGGAUUUCGAGAACCCGGUGAAGCCUGGUGUGGCGAUGCCUGUUUUUGGUGGUGUAGAUAAGUAUAGGACGUCUGAACUUCUUUCUGCAGAUUGCUCAACUUGUUUAUUCUCUCCACAAAAUGGUUCAAAUGAGAACACAUCUGUGACUGAAUAUCUCACACUUGACUGCACCCGUGGGGGAUCAUCUGGAUACGGAAUUGUUUGCAAGAAAUGAAGUAAUGGGUUCAUUACUUAAAUAAUGGAGGCUUAAAGCUAUAUAGUUUAAGUCAGUAAUUUAAUAUUUUCGUCUUAAAAUGGCGCUUUCAUUCC